CACCCACAUGGUCCAGGAUGGGCAAGCGCAACAACAAGACAGCCAAGCGCGAGCAGAGGACAGCCCAGCUCAUCCAACGGCUGACGGCUCGGCGGGAUGAAGCGACGGCGCUGCGAAAGAAGAGCAGCAAGGCGGCUACGCCCGUGAAGGCAAGCAACAGCAGUAGCAACAGCAACAGCAGCGAUGCAGCUGUGAUGGCAGCCGCCUCCGCAACGGCGGCGUCACGGAAGAUGGCAAAGGCGAUGGACAUUGACUUGGACGAGGCAACCGCAGCCAGGCUGCACACCCUGACGAAGAAAGGCAAGAAAGGUGCCAAGAAACAGCAGCAACGGAGCAAGAGGAGAGGAAAGAAGAACAAGCAACCCAGUGAACCCACAGCUGGCGUCGCAUCAUCACAGCGCAUCGUUCGCAGAAAAGCCAGGCAAACGGCGCUGGCAACCGAGAUGGUACAGAUGCAGAAUGUGCUGUCCAACUCGACGUUCAGGUCCAAUCCCCUGGCGGCGCUCCAGGAACACAUUGCACACAACCUCGCCGCCCACACCAAGCAAUGACACUGAGGGCGAGGGGACGGAUGGUGUGUGUGUGUGUGUGUGUGUUGCGUUGUGUUGUGUUGUGCUGUGUGUGACGUGAUGUGAUGUAUAUGUGCGUGUGUGUGUGUUGCGUGUGUUUGCAUGAUUGUGGUGCUUUGAAGCAAGCUGUUCUUGCUCUCUAUCCCUAAUGGGUGUGACUGGUGUAUUGAGGAGCAUCAAAAUCAAUUCAUUGGCGUGCUGGCCUGCUCACAAUCACCAUCCCUCGAGCUAAGUCCCCGAAAAAAUUUAUUCCUCGUCUGCAUCAGCGUGUGCAUCUCCGAUGUUUGACACGACCUGCGUCACGUUCUCGCACUCCUCCAACCGGCCAAGCAGCGUCCGCACCGUCGCCUCUUCUUUCUUCCUGCACUCGUGCAUGUGUGUGCAUGUGUGUUUGUGUGCAAGUGUGUGCACGUGUGUGCAUGUAUGUAUGUAUGUGUGCAUGUGAGUGAGUGCGUG